AAGUAAUCAAAAGCUAUUCUCAAGAUGUUCAAAUUGCUUCUCGUUGUCUUCGCUGCUCUUUUGGCCCUCGCCGUUGCCGCUCCGGGCCCUCAACCCCAACCACAAAUUUACUCCGCUGUUGUCCCCGGAGUUUACUCCGCUGGCUGGGUCUCUCCUUACGCCUACUCAGGAGUCGCUUACGUUUAAUGUCAGCUAAUGCCUUCCCGGACUUCUUGUAUUAAAAAUGUAAAAAAAAUAUAUUAUGUUAGUUGAA